AUGACGUCAAUGUUCCGCGAGCUCAAGUAUGACCUGAAAGCAGCCACGACGGCUGGAAUGAUUGACCCUGUCGCCUUGGCUUCAAAGUUCACACACAACUUCGUUAACAUCCAUCCGUUUAUUGACGGCAAUGGCCGAAUGUGCCGAUUGAUUGUCACCGCGAUGUUGUUAAAGUUUGGGACAUGUGUAGCUUGCAUUGGAGUCGAGAGAGCUGAUCGGUCAACUUAUGAAGAGAUUGCCGUCAACGGAGGAGCUCUGGAAUAUUUGUAUGCGGAUGCUGAGGAGGAGGAAAAGCCUGAGUUGUAUAAGGAAUUGGCCAGUUACGUUUUGGCUCAUGUGAAGAAGGGCAUGAGCGGGUUGAUCCGCGCAGUGAAUUUUCCAUGGGGAAUGAAUAUUCUGCAAAUGAAGUCUAUGGAUAGAAGACCUAUAAAAAGCCCAGACCAAGUCAAUUAA